AAAUGAACUAGCUAGCUAGUCGUGAAGUUGACAGCUGUAUGAUAUAGUGAAAUACUAUACGUUUUAAGAAAAUAAGCCAGCUAAAUAUUUCAAAUAUGGUAGGUGUACAUGUUGUUUGACAAAGUGAUAAACAGUCGAUUUCCAAUAGCUGCAUUUUCUCCUAUUUGUAACGUUAAUGAUAUCACUUGUUUACAGUCGGUAAUGCUAUCUAUUUCACUGCUAACCUUUGCUAGCUAACGUUCGUUUGCUUAUUUUUGAGGUUUUGGUAGCUACCUAGCAGCUGUAAUGUUUCUGCUAAGAGUACUUCCUGCUUUUACUGCUUUCGUGUUAAAAAAAAAAUACUUUGUUUGUCUGAAAUUUUCAUUAGAAUUGCUGAGGAAGCUGGCUAUCUAAUUUACUAAACUAGCUAACUUAAUCUGAUUUGCUAGUAAGACUUCAAGGUAUUUUCGUAACUCACCAAAGUAAGAUGUUGGUAGAGUGCUGACGAACAUUUCUCUGUAUGCGCCUGGUGUAAUUUUUCCAAAACAUGAAUAAACUACUUUUGAAAAUGUUCCGCCAAACUCACUGGUCCACGCUAUAGUGCAGAUCCAACGCAUGCGCGUGGACCAGAGCUAACUAGUUACCCACUUGUUGAUAACAAUAUUGAGAAUUUCUUGAUUUCAGAGUUCCAACGAGGUACAACAGGAGAAUGUAAGUACGGUAGCCCAAUCUGAGCCUUUGUAAAUUACAAUAAUUUAUCCAUUCAACAUGCAUGUCCUAAUUCUGACAUUUUUGUCUCAGGGACAGCCACUGGACACAGAGUCAGAGGUCCAGGAUACUCCAGCACCACCUGCCAUUCCUUUCUACACAGAGUGCUCGGAGGCUGCACAGGCAGAACUGUUGAAUGAGUGUGAAGAGCAGUUUGCCCAGCUGCAGAUGGUACUGGUUCUGAUCUGUUUACAAUGACAGCUUGGUUCUGCACAGACACCUUUGGAUGAUGUGAUAUUAUUGUGUUAAUGUUAAAAUUGUAUAUUCUGUUUGUUUUUCAGCUUCAGAACGAGAUCAUUCUCGCAGAGCCAGACUCGGAUGAAAACCCACAAGAACAGGUCAGAGAUUGCCCUAUUUCCCUAUAGCUGAAUGAAAGCAUUAGUAUGUGUGAUGCAUGUACUUUUUACAUUAUCUUGCCUUAUCUGCUGCAUAUCUGUUAUUUGUCCAACAGUCUGUGAAUAGAUUGACAGCUGUAGCAGCUGAGCUGAAGCAGUGGCAGACAAUACAGCCAGAACGUGAGUGUCUGGUUUCUACUCGGAAUAUAAUUCCUUUAUAACUAAUUGAUUGUAAAUAUACUGUAUGACUGAAACAUAAGCAUAUGUAACAUCAGAAUGUGGUUUACUUUCUAUCCAUAGUGUUGUCCACAAAUCCUGAGGUGUUACUCGCCGUUGGAGCAGAGGAGGUAAAUUGACAUGUGGAUGUUGUCUUCCACAGUAGUAGUUACUGUUGGAAAUUUUUCAAAAAUAUCAAUAAUAUAUUUGUAUGCAGUUACCUUUUAAUAUAGGUAUUUCAGAUAUCAGCUAUUUUACAGUUAUACAAAGCCUUAUGCUUAUGAAAACUAACCAUAUUCAUGUUCAACAAGUUUAUUUAAAAAAACUAUUAUUUCCUACUUCCACAGUUACAGAAGCUGAAUUCACAACUGGAGUUGGUCCUCUCCUGCUCACAAGCCAAGAGAGACACUCUGAGAGAGACUUUAAAAAGGUAUUGUUUGAAUGUGAUUGUCUUUUAGAUUGUUAUUCUAAAUCUCCAACCCUUUGAAUGUUGAUAUGGAGACAGUAGAUUUUACAGUAUAGAUCUGUGUUCCUGUUUCAGUGAACAGAAGUGGUUGGAGGAAAAGAAGGAAGUGUUGAGGGCAGGCACUGAACAUGUGGUCAAACAGCGACUGGAAAACGAAAGGUUAUCAGAACACAGGUACUUGACAACAACUGGGCCAUGUUUGUUAGGGCACACUGUAAAUUUAACAUUUUACAAUGGUAAAGAAAAACAAAUGUUUUUUAUUGGACAAGUUCAGAUUGUACCUCCCCAUUUCACUACAUUUUGGAGUGUUUUCUUCGGUUUCCUGCCUAUGAAUAUGACCCUGAAUAAUAGAAAAUUACACAUAAACCAACACAUUGAAAACUAUCCUGAGUUUAAUAUGGAAGUGCUGCUGUCGUUCAGUGUGUUGCAGGACACCAAGAAGAAGAUCCAGAAGAUGAAGGAUUACCAGGACAGACUGAUGGAGACCCUGGCAGAUGUACUGGAGGAACACUUCCCACUUCCUACACAAGAGACCAACGCUAACAAGAAGAAAAAGGUGGUAGUCUAAGUGAUGUAUUAUGUGGCACUGAUGGAGGGGUUCCUCAAUGGUCCCAUAUUGUUUUCUACAGUGGCAUCUAGCCUCGUCUCAGAUCUGUUUGUGCUGUGUAGCCAACCUUCAUGUCUGUUGGGCAAGAGAGCACAAACAGAUCUGGGACCAGCCUAGAUGGCAUGAUUUUUGUGUCCAUUUUCAGAACAUUCCUCAAGAGCUGAACGAGAAUCUAAUUUCGCUCAAUGAAAUCCUGGAGGUAAGUCUCUGUUCGCAUGCAUUGUUUGUGUUUUAUUAUUCAACCCGGUGCUCUGUUUUAAUUUUGUAUUACUUUAUUGCUACAUGCUUGAGCCAGUAGCAGCUUUAUAGUCUAGCUUUAUAUGACCAUCUAUAUUUUACACUUACAUCUUUGUAAUGUAGAUCAACUUGAUCACAGUACAACAAAUGGCAUAAAAACAACCCUACUCACCUCUUGCUCUAAUUGAACAACAACAUCAAUUGUCAUCUUAAACCCUUAUCUUAAUCUUAAACCUUAUCUUCCAUUGUUAAAAUGUGCAGCUGCUGAUGAACAAGACUUUGGAGACGCCUCACGAUCCCUACAUAUUGAUAGACGAGACGUUCUGGCCCCCGUACACAGAAAUGCUGCUGCGCUACGGCAUUGCACUGAGACACCCAGAGGACUGUUUCAAGAUCCGCCUGGAAACCUUUUAUUAACAGGAACUGGUCAGACAUUUUGGAUCCAGUUUGGUCAGCGUGUAUAGCAGCCUGAUCCCAGAUGUUUAUGUUGUCUUGCCAUCUCAUUGUCAUGCCAUCUACCAUAAGUGUUGGUUAUGCAGUACAAACAGAUCUUGGACCAGGCUUGGUGUAUAGUAAUAUCAUGAGUAUGUAUUGAGAUAGUGGCUUGAUACGUCACUGGUUUAUAGUGUUAUUUCCUGUAUGUUUCACAAUACAUUAACCUUUUGUAUGUUUUUUUAUAUGUUAAAGAUGGAUGUUGCUCUCUCUGGCUACUGGAACACAAUGUGAUUAUGCAUACUUUGGAUAUGGGGAAACCUUAAAUUGUUAUUGUGUAUAUAUUUCCAUGUAUCAAUGUAUGUCAGAUUUGUUCUUAAUAAAAUGAAAAAUCAUAACAAAAAAGA